GAAGAGGCGGCAGCAGAAGAGGAAGCGUCACAGCGACUUGGUGUCGGAGGACUGGUUGGUGGGCCAUCCGGGGCUGGACUGGCAGCGAGGGCGAGUGGUGCUUGAGGAGGAGCGGAGGGCGGCGGAGGAGCGGCGGGCCGCAGGUGGCAUCAUUGAGGACGAAGAUGAGGAUAAUGCGGAUGAGGGAAACGAAGAUGAGUUCCCGGCAGCCUAUGACGUCAUCGGCGGCGGCGAUGGUGAUGAUGACGCUGACAUGGUUGGCGACGGCGGCGGCCAUGGAAGAGGAGGAGGCAGCGGCGAACCCAACGCUAGUAACAAGGGGCAG